UCUCUCCUUUCCUUUUCUUCAUUUCUCCAUUAUUCCGCCACCACUACCUCUUCACUGUUAUACACUCACUAUAAAACAACCUUCUCAAAACUAAUAAUCUCUCAUAAAAUUAUGGGCUCAAAUUUCCCUAUAUGCUGUUUCAAUAUUUAGCUCUCAAAUCUACAGAAAAGUAAACACAAAAGUAAUACUACUAUUUUUCAGAUAUAGAUAUAUAUAUAUAUAAGUGUAUAUAUACCAUUUAAAUAUGUAUGUGUAGAUUUUAUUAAUCUAAGCUCGACCCAUUUUAGAUCUCCCUAAGUUAGUGUCUGGGUUGGUUUUAUUUUUCCUGUUUUUCUUCUCCUAUCUCUUCUUGAUAAUAGAUAUACACAAUAUAUACAGUGUAUAUACACAUUUUAACUCUGUAUGUGUAUCUUUUUUCUGUUCUGAGCUUGACCCAUUUCAGAUCUCCGUAAGUUAGUAUCUUGGUGGGUUUUAUUUUUCCUGUUUUUCUUCUUUUUUCUCUCCAUCUCUUCUUGAUAAUAAAUAUACACAGUAUAUACAGUGUAUAUACACUUUGUAACUCUGUUUCUGUAGAUUUUAACUGAUCUGAGCUCGACCCAUUUGAGAAAUCCGGAUUUUAGUAUUUGGGUCGGUUUUGUUUUUUCAGUUUUUCUUCUCCUUUUUUUUCUUGAUCUGUUCUUGAUUUUUUUUUUUGUCUUUUUUUUUUUGUACAAAUUGGGUGGUAUUUGGGGAAUAUUUUAUAUAAAUAGAAGGUUUAAUAUAAUCAGUUGGUGGUUUGAGAUUAAGAAGUACUUUUUUGCUGAUUUUAGUAAUUUUUAAGGUUCUUGAAAAGUGGUGAAAAAAAUGAGUGUGAGUGUGAGUAUGGAGGAAGAUGUUGAUUCAACUUCAAAAAUCCAUUUACCUGCAGAUAUAGAUUGGGAAAUGCUUGAUAAAUCCAAGUUUUUUUUCUUAGGUGCUGCACUUUUUUCUGGUGUAUCAGGUGCAUUAUAUCCAAUGGUAGUGUUGAAAACUAGGCAACAAGUUAUGAGUACUCAAAUUCCAUGUCUAAAAAUGGCUGUAUCAAUGUUGAGAAAUGAAGGUUAUAGAGGAUUUUAUAGAGGAUUUGGUACUUCACUUACUGGUACUAUACCUGCUAGAGCACUUUAUAUGGGUGCACUGGAAAUGACUAAAAGUAGCGUUGGAACUGUUACAGUUCAGCUUGGGUUCUCUGAGGCAUCGGGGUCCGCGAUCGCCAACGCUGCUGCAGGACUUGCAGCAGCGAUGGCGGCUCAAUUGGUGUGGACCCCGGUCGAUGUUGUGAGUCAAAGGUUAAUGGUACAAGGAAGUGGAAAUAAUGGCAAUGGAUUGAAGUAUUAUAAUGGUGGGAUUGAUGCAUUUAGGAAGAUUGUUUGUAGUGAUGGAUUGAGGGGAUUGUAUAGAGGUUUUGGUAUUUCAAUACUAACUUAUGCACCUUCAAAUGCAGUUUGGUGGGGUUCAUAUUCUGUUGCUCAUAGAGUGAUUUGGGGUUCAGUUGGUGGCUAUUUUUGCAAGAAAGAUGAAAGUGGUGGUUAUAGGCCAAAGGGGAUGGCUAUGGUGGCUGUACAAGGGGUAAGUGCAGCUAUGGCAAGUGGGGUUUCUGCAUUAGUAACAAUGCCACUUGACACUGUGAAAACAAGAUUGCAAGUAUUAGAUGAAUGUAGUGGUAAUAGGAGGGGACCCACAGUUUUACAGACAGUGAGGAAUUUAGUGAAGGAAGGUGGAUUGGGUGCUUGUUAUAGAGGAUUAGGUCCAAGAUGGGCAUCAAUGUCCAUGUCUGCAACAACUAUGAUUACUACUUAUGAGUUCCUCAAGAAACUAUCCACCAAGAAUCAAGAUAGCUUUGGUUGAGUGAUGAAAUCUUUCCUUGAUACGGCGCGAAUUUGAAUUAGUCAACCAGUGGGAAAAUGGAGCCCACGUUGGUAUGGGAAAAAUGAAGCCGUGUUUGGUAGGAAUCACGGACUUUCUACGUCUGCGAAUCUGGAUUAGUCGACUGGUGGAUUUAUGUACGGUGUGAAUUGGAUUAGUCGGGCGAGUGGAUUCCGGAAAGCAAAGCAGAGGUCACCUAAAAGAGAAGGGAAAAUGGAGAAAGAUGUUCUAUAUUUUGAAUCCUUUUGCAGUUUUUUUUCUUAUGUUUUGCCUAAUUGUACUAACCCAAUGUAAAUUUUGUAAAGAUGUAGUAGCAAUGUUAUGUUAAUAAUCUGUGUC